AUGGGAAUUCCACAUAAAUUUGAUAGAGGUCGAGCUAUGGCUGACAGAAAAUGGGUAAGAUUAUUUUUAAAACGCCAUCCAGAUAUUAGUAGACGGAAAGCACAGCACAUGAAUGUCGCUGGAGCAGCCAAACUUAACAGAUUUAUUGUCAAUGAUUAUUUUCAAAAACUCAGAGAUGUGAUGACCGAAUCAGGGGUUAUUAACAAUCCUCAAUGUAUAUUCAAUAUGGAUGAAAAGGGCUGUCAACUUAAUUUACACAAACAGCAAGUGGUUUUGGCAAAAAAGGGCUCUAAACGAGUACACAUGAUAGCAGAGGAACACGCUGAGAAUGUGACGAUAGUUGCAUGCGGUAACGCCUUGGGGCAAGCAAUUCUGCCCAUGAUAUUAAUGAAGGGAAUCAGAAAAAAAAUCGAAUGGUCUCUGCAUUUGCCGCCUGGUUCCGUGAUUGAAAUGACUGCAAAAGGGAGCAUGACGACUGAGACAUUUGUAAAAUGGAUAGACCAUUUUUCCAAAUUUAAGCCUACUGGAAAAGUACUUCUUAUUUUCGAUGGAGCUUCAUCACAUCUAGAUCAGACUAUUGUAGAUGCUUCUGAAAAAAGAUAUUAUUUUAUUUUGCCUACCUAG